AUGCGUGGUGACUGCAUCCGGUGGACAGCCGUUCAGUCUGUGGUUCUCGGUGGAUCCGGCAGAGAGUGCUGCAACCCUUCGCAACGCACACCCGCCAGCUUCAGCCGCUUCGAGCGACGCGGCACGGCCCCGGAACCGUGCGAGGACAAGUCCUGCAACGAUUACUGCGUGAAAUUGCUAGGAGGGCCCGAAUUCAAUGUAACUGGCCAGUGCGCUCAGGACGACAAAGGGAAAAAAUACUGCAGCUGCAAUCGUCGCGCAUAUUGCACUGCGGACGAGUGUUCGAGGUCCUGCUACGCGUACCACGUCGGCAAGCCUAAACUGCGAGCAGAGUGCGAGAAGUACUUGUGCAGGUGCAUCUGGGAAGAUCAGUGCGAAGAAGUGGAUUGCUCAAUGUACUGCCAGCGAAAAUACUAUCACCAAAGGCCCCUUACAGGAAGAUGCGAUGGCCUCGAUUGCGUCUGCUCCUGGAGUAUCGGCUACAGUAUGCACAAGCAUCCCUUGCCGCCUUAUGCCUGAUGGAAACAUAUGCUUCAUUCUCUUGAAGCCGGCUUGAGGCGUGAUCGUUUUCGUGAUGAUCACAGCAUACUUGUGUGCAUGCACACAUACACAAUA